ACACACAAGGGUGGAGCCCAAGGAUGGUCACAAAGGGUGGAUCAGUCAUCCUAUGAGAGAGUAAUCAAAAUGAGUUCAACACAGCCCAGAGCCUCUGCUGGCUGGUCUCUGGGUGUGUGGCCCCAAAUUUACUGUGUAGCUGAGGAUUAUCUUGAACUUUUUCCUGAGGGCAGAGCAGACCUUCUGGAGCCUGACACAUCAUGUGUGGGCAGGCAAGGGCUCUACUAAAGUGAUGGAACGCCUCAAACUUCCUGGACAUCAUCCUGCGCUUGGAUCGUGUCUUUCUAUCCACUCUUUACCCCGGGCAGUACCUCUCUACAGCCUUCCUCUCCCAUCAUGCUCUAGCCACUCAUGUCUCCAGAAGUCGGAGCUGCCGUUGAGCCAGCCGAAGAAAGGUAUGAGCUACUUGAGGGGCAGACCUUGACAGUGAGCUGCCCCUUCAACAUCAUGAAAUAUGCCAGGAGCCAGAAGGCUUGGCAGAGGCUGCCGGAUGGGAAGGAGCCCUUGACACUGGUGAUCACAGAGGGGUCGUCUGGAAAUCCCAGUGAAGUCCGCGAGGGGAAGUACACGCUGAAAGACGACCCUGCUGAGGCCAUGUUGCAUGUCCAAAUGACUGACCUUCGAGUGACAGACUCUGGAUUGUAUCGCUGUGUCAUUUACUACCCUUCUAAGGAACCUAUUCCACUCUUGCAUCCUGUCCGCCUGGUGGUGACCAAGGAUUCCUCAGGUCUGCCCACCCUAAGCAUCACUCCUACUACAAGCCCAACUAAAGCUCCCAUCCUUAUUACCACAAAACAGCUGCCGAGAGACAGGACUGUGACCCAAGCCUUCCCCAAGUCCACAGCUGGCGUCUCUCCUGACCCUGGAGUCACCUUCCCAAAUGUGACAACUGUUACCAGGGUCUCCAUAUCCAGCAUCGUUGUUCUCGUGGUCUGUGGACUCUUCAUUAAGACCCUGGUCUUCACUGUCUUGUUUGCUGUCACACGGAGGUCAUUUGGGUGACAGACCAUGAAACCACACGACAGUGACCUCUGACUUUCAGCCAUGUCUGUCUCACAGGACGAGCUGAGGGUGGGUACUAAGGAGGAACUGUGACAUGAAUUGAGCCUGUAAUCAUGGGUGACAUCUAAGGCUCAGGAUGUCCCCUGCUGGCCAUGCCCUCCCUCCUCAUUCCCUCCAUCAUCUUGGGCAUGUGCUCUGCACCCUCAGAAGAGGGGAAACAGUGCCCAGCACCCUCCGGCCAUUCUGCCUGAGUAGAUGAGUUGGCCUGAAAUAAAGACAGAGCCCAGUGCUUCUCUGUCACCUUC